AUGAUGCCGCGGACUUCGAUCAGUGUAGGCCAUGGGGCUCUAUACCAACCCCAGACUUCAUGUUUGGCUUCGAACACCGACACCGUCAACGAGCCUACAACCGAGACAAACAGCCUCACCUCGGACAGGACCAAGAGCCAAUAUUCAAAGGGCAGCUCCAGCGGGUGCGGUUGGACACUAGAGAUUUGCGCUCUUGUUCUGAGUAUUACAGCUUUGGUCACGGUCGCUGCCCUUCUACUGGCGUACGACGGGAAGCCCUUGUCGACAUGGUCCUUCUUCCUCACCUUCAACACGAUCAUCUCCUUCCUGGGCACGAUAUCUCGGACUACACUCGCAUUUGCCAUUGGCGCUUGUUUGAGCCAGGAGAAAUGGAACUGGUUUAGGCGUAAGGAUGAUUAUGUGAUAAGUUACGACCGGUUUGAGGAAGCAGGACGUGGCCCUUUGGGAAGCGUCCGUCUUCUGUGGCGUAUCAAGCACAGGUACCUACCUACUUUGAUGCCCAUUACGAUGCAGUGUACUCGGCUGAACAUUGUCCACAGGCACUGGGUGUGUUUCGGUGCUCUGGCAACGAUUGUCUUGCUCGGAUUCGAACCUUUCCUCCAGGCGGUCGUCGAACUCUACGAGAAGGAAGUCGAGUCGGCCGGGAUAGGCGUGGUGGCACAUAUUGGUCGAGUUAAAAGACUCGACGCUGGCAAGAUAGCAAUCAGUCAUGCUCAUACUCUUGACCCAGCUGUCACCGCUCACAACUUUACUAAUAUCUCCAUGCUCAAGCAUCCAUUUACGAAAUUCGAACUUCCGACGAUGAAUUUGUCUAUUUCUAACUUUGACGAUGGCAUCGGACUGCAGGUUGAGCUUACAUGCCAGUCUACAACGCAGCCCGGGAGUACGCUGUCGUUCCAAGACUCAAGGGCUUUGCUUGUCUCAUUCGCCAUGAUGAGUGUAAAGCCCAGCACCCCAGGAAGCAAAAGGCAAUCCGGCGAAGCUACCGCUCUUGAGUGUGCCUUGUCCUUCUGCACGAAUAUUUAUCGCUCGAAUGUCAACAAAGGUGUUCUGAGCGAAGAGGUGCUUGGCUCAUAUUCGAUCCGAAACCUCGACUCCUAUGUUGGCUCAAAAUUACAGGAUUCAGAUUGGGGAGGCCAAAUAGAUUCGUUCAAAAACUGGAAUAAGAUGCACAAUUACACGCUCGACUUUCGCCUUUUCGGAGAAAUGGAGCGAACGGAUCUACAGCUCAACCUGCCGUCCGACAACAGCAGCAUCACCGCACUGAUAGACAAGGACAACCUAUGGUUCAAUAUAUCCCACGCAGCCGCGGCGACUCUGUCGAACGCGUUCGUGGAGAAGUUUUCCAGGCGUUCUCCCCCGUUCGAAUCGAAGCAGCUCAUCUAUCCAACUUUUGAACCAUUUCAGCUUGUCCAGCCUUCUGUGAUCACAGCACUUGGCACAUCACAGAACCUGUCAGCUACGUUCGAGAUAGCCGCCCUCGCGAUGACCAAGUGGAUGCGUGACGCUUCGCUGAAAAUCACACCUCACAAUGGGACAACUUACGAGUCAGUCGUCCACAUAGGUGUAAGAUGGGGAUUCAUGUCACUACCUUUCGGUGUGCUCCUUGGCGGAUGUCUUUUUUGUCUGUUUUCGAUGCUUGAGACCAGGCGACUGCGACUCCCAGCCUGGAAGGGCAGCUCGUUAGCGGGGUUGACUCACGGGCUGGAUGCAGAGGCUAGGGAGCACCUCAGAGAGAUGGGAGAUAUUUCAAAGCAUGCUAAGCGUGUCAAGAUCCGGAUGGUCGAUUCUAUGUUAGGGCCGGAGCUAGUCUUAUCCAACAAUCUAGAUCCAGUGACUAAGGCUGAGGGCCGUGGCUACUCGACUGAUGGAGAGGAGCUUCGAGGAACGGAUCAUUCUCAUAGUUGA